AUGGACGGAACACAGCUGAGAGCACUGGACUUGUCGCUGCCGCUGGCAGAGGAUAGCGGCGUGAUCACCGGCGCGGAGGUACUGGAGCUGGCGGAGUCGAAAGCCUCACUCGCUCUUCACGGCCUCGUAUUGCCGGAAAGUCUCAAGUCCGCCGCUUUCCAACGUCUUGGCGUCUCCUAUGGCUCUGCCUUUCGCACGACGGAGCUCGAUUAUAACAAGGCCUCGUCGAUUCUCCAAACUUAUGUAUCCGCCAUCGCCGAUGAACUCAAAGACGAUCCCAUUGUUGUGGCAAUUUUGGAUGGAAGAACUCUUCGAAUGUUUUUGGAAGAUGAAGAUGAUUUUGCAAUGCUAUCUGAGAAUCUUUUCACUGAUUUAGACACAGAAGAUAGAGGAAAGAUUAGUAAGGAUGAGAUUCAGAAUGCUCUAAUUCAUAUGGGUUUAGAAAUGGGAAUUCCUCCUUUGUCAGAGUUUCCUCAACUAAGCGAUAUCUUAAAGAGGCACGGAGCUGAAGGAAAAGAAGAACUGGGGCAGGCACAAUUUGCUCAGUUACUGCAGUCUGUUCUACAAGAACUAGCAGAAGCUCUUGCUAAGAAGCAUAUUGUGAUGGUACAGAACAUCAAAAUCGUGAAUGGUUCUAAGCUUAGAAAGCUUCUGGCCGAUGAAAACCAACUGGAUGGCGUUUUAAAGAAAAUAUUGCUGGAAAAAAAUGACAGCGAGAAGGAAGAAAAAAGCACAUCAACAAUUCGUGUUUUCCUGGAGAAAAGUGGGAAGGAUUUGGGCUUACCGCCUUCAAAAGUAGAUGAAACAGCGAUUAUCUUUGAUGAAGUAUUCACUGAGAUAGAGAGCGAGAAAAGAGACUCAGAAGCAGAGAAGGAUGAAUUCAUGGUUCUCUUGAAGGAAAUCCUCGAGAAAUUCGCGGAAAUAUUAGAAGCCAAUCCAGUUCUUUAUGAUGCUGUUGACUGA